AUGUCUGUACCCAUCGCCCUACUGUCGGUUUACGACAAGACCAACUUGUUGGAGCUGGCUUCUGGCCUGCACGGCGCAGGCGUCCGUUUGCUGGGCUCUGGCGGCACCGCGAAGAAGAUCAGGGAGGCAGGCAUUCCCAUCGAGGAUGUCUCAGACAUCACCAAAGCGCCUGAGAUGCUUGGAGGCAGAGUGAAGACUCUUCACCCCGCCGUCCAUGGUGGUAUCCUUGCCCGCUCGAUCCCAUCCGAUGAGCAGGACUUGAAGGAUCAGUCCAUCUCGCCCAUUUCCAUCGUCGUCUGCAACUUGUAUCCGUUCACCGAGACAAUCGCGAAGCCCAACUGCACGCCCGCCGAUGCCGUCGAGGAGAUCGAUAUCGGUGGUGUCACUCUUCUUCGAGCUGCAGCGAAGAACCACGAGCGUGUCUCGAUUAUCUCAGACCCUCGCGACUACGCCGAGUUCCUUGAGGCCUGGAAGAAUAGCAAUGGCGAUAUCGACCAGACCAUUCGCAGCAAGCUUGCCCUCAAGGCUUUCGAGAUGACUGCUAGGUACGACGAUGCGAUCAGUGGCUACUUUAGGGAGCAGUAUGCGUCGGAGGAUAACCCCAAGGACAAGUUCACUGGCGUCGUCCAGCGCGUUACUCUCCGCUACGGUGCGAACCCCCACCAAAAGCCUGCGCAGGCAUAUGUUACCGAAGGAGAGCUUCCUUUCAAGGCUCUCUAUGGUUCGCCCGGAUACAUCAACCUUCUGGACGCCCUGAACUCGUAUGCUCUUGUAAAGGAGCUCGACGAAGCGCUCGGUCUCCCUGCUGCCGCCUCCUUCAAGCAUGUCUCUCCGGCUGGUGCUGCGGUUGGCAUCGAGCUCAGCGAGGUCGAGAAGCGGGUGUACGGUGUCGAGGACUUGAAGGAGCUUCUCACUCCUUUGGCAUGUGCCUAUGCCCGCGCUCGUGGUGCGGACCGCAUGUCUUCGUUCGGCGACUUCAUUGCCCUGUCUGCACCCUGUGACCUCGCUACCGCCCGCAUUAUCUCACGCGAGGUGUCGGACGGAAUUAUCGCUCCCGGCUACUCGCAGGAGGCGCUCGAAGUCCUCGGAAAGAAGAAGAGUGGCAAGUACUGCGUCCUGCAGAUCAACCCAAACUACAAACCCUCCGAGGUAGAGACUCGCCAGGUCUACGGUAUUCACCUGCAGCAGAAGCGCAACGACGCCAAGAUCGAUGCUGAGCUGUUCAAGAACAUCGUCACAAAGAACAAGCAGCUCCCUGCCCAGGCGCUCACGGACCUGAUUGUUGCGACACUUGCACUCAAGUACACCCAGUCUAACAGUGUCGCAUACGCCUACCGCGGCGCAAUCAUUGGUAUCGGCGCUGGACAACAGUCGCGCAUCCACUGCACACGCCUUGCGGGGCACAAGGCGGACCUGUGGUGGUUGCGGCAUCAUCCGCGCGUGCUCGCGCUGCCGUUCAAGAAGGGCGUAAAGCGUGCAGAGAAGGCGAAUGCAAUUGACCUCUUCGUUGGCGGGGAGGCGCUCGAGGGCGGCGAGCGCGCGCAGUGGGAGGGCCUCUUUGAGAGCGUGCCCGAGCCGCUCAGCGCCGAGGAGAAGGCCACGCACGCGAAAGAGCUCAGCGACGUUGCGUGCUCGAGCGACGCGUUCUUCCCCUUCCCCGAUAACGUCCACCGCGCGUUCCGCAGCGGCGCCAAGUACCUCGCUGCCCCCAGCGGAAGUGUCAUGGACGAGGAGUGCAUCAAGGCCGCGGACGAGCACGAUAUCGUUUUUGCGCACACCAACCUGCGUCUGUUCCACCACUAAAAUGUGCUCGUGUCAUGAAGAAUAUGAAGAGCCUCACAGAGGGCUCAGAUCAAAAAGAAAGUUGUAUUAUACUGUUUAGAUCUGCUGCCUUGUGUAUGGUGUGUAGAUCAAUACAAGAACUUUGAAAAGGGCCUCCUCUGUGUUCUCCAGUUCUGGAGUCUCGUCGGUAUAAAACCCGUACGCCGGAUCGUCAGGAUUCGUAACGGCGACGACUGUGAUGCCGUCAUCGUUGUCUACAGUGGCGUAUUAGCUUGACUACGUAGACUAGCUAGGGUCUCUCCCCACUUGUGAUCCCCGCAUGUAGCAUCGCAUUCCCGAGGGACACGCCAUCGAUAUAAGCGCUCUCGGGCGACAGAUCGAUGUUCCAGCUGUUCAGGAGGAUGGUCGCGAUAAACGGACAAGGUACCUGCGGAAUCAACGGCUUCUGCCAGUAGCGGCCGUACUUACCGUCGACGCUGCGUAGCUCCUCACGAAUAACCUCAGCGUUCUCGGGUUGCUUGACUGCGCUCAGGACACGGUACGCAGCAUGCAGAGGGAGCGUGCUAUAGCACCAUCGGCUAUGAUAGGCAGCGAUGCAGCGGUAUUUGGCGGCGGGAUUUCACCUUAGCGACAAUGAAGGCUUGAUGUGUGUGAUCCAUGUUUCUGCGUUAGCUGCUAAGCGGUGGGCAUGGGAGAGUUACUUCCACCCUGGAUCAGGUCCUUGAGGCCUUUGUAUCCCCCUAGCCUGCGGCCUGCU